UCUCUAUCUCCUGAUAUCCCCUGCCAUGCAUGCAUGUGCCGGCCGUUUUGGAAAACUCCCCCCCACCCGCCGCCGCGGCAUGCGCAUACGACCUCUUAUCGAAUAACUCUUCGCCCAUAUCAAUCAUCGUCAUCUUUUACUUAACCUUGCUCCUCCCGUGUCAUCAUAAAACCCAUUUAGUUGUUGGCGCUGGCAUAGCCGAGAGGCUCUGAGGAAGUCGUGGAUGUCCAUAUAGCGAGUGCGAAACCUUGCAAAAUGGACAACAUUUCUGAAAUUGUCGAAAGACUUGGUAGCGACGAAGAUGCCGUCCGAAAAAUGGCCGUCUUUAAACUGCAGAGCCUGAUCGGGGAUCCAUCGUUCGCAGACGUCUUUAUCAUGGAGGGUGGACUGGCCAAAUUACGAUUCCUCACCCUACAUACCAGCGGCAACACUCUGGCAUAUAGCUUAACCAGCUUGGCUAGACUGCUUGAGGUGGAUAAAGGGUGGGAUUUCAUAGAUCAGGAGGUGGUUGAGAGAAUUGUCGAGCUCAUCGUAACUCAUCCCCUCGUUAACAUCCUGCGCGGCGCAAUGUCUAUACUGGUCUCGAUUGUAUCACACCCUCAUACGGGAGGUCGCUUAUCCCAAAGCGGCACUUUUGGCUUUCACGCUCUGAAUCCCGCGAUCGCCGCCUAUCCACAGUUUUUAGAAAUGCUUGUGACCCGGUUAUCGUCGGCAGACCAUGCCCUAUGCGCCAAUGCGCUUCAAUUAAUAAACUCGCUUAUGCGCGACUCCAUUACGAAUGAUUCGGAAUUGCAGUGGCCAAAAUUCAUCCAGAAACUACAAGACCUGGGCGUGAUUAAGGCUGUUUACGCGCUCAUGCAAGGCACAACCUUGCAGGAUCACGCCCACCCUCUAAUCGAGUUCCAGUCGCUCACCAAAGUUCUUCUGAGAAAGUGGCGAGACAUUCCUCUAGACACGGAAAACGCAGAACAUAGGAGAGCGCUGAAAGGGAUACAUCUCGCUAGUCAACCUGAAAAGAAUCUGGACAAAGGGGCCGAUGAUGUAAAUGAGAUGCGGCGGUCCAAGAAGCAUCACUCGGACAAGUGGAGGCGACUUGGAUUUGAGUCCGAAAGCCCGGCCGCCCAAUUCGAAAAAACGGGGUUCUUGGGAAUGAUGGAUCUCGCCGAUUACGUUAGAAGCCAUCAAGAUGAGUUUCAGAAAAUGCUCCUAGAGCAGUCGACAAAGCCAAUUCAGGAACGGUGUCCGAUUGCCCGAGCUUCAUUGUCUGUCACGUCCGUUUUGUACGAGCAUUUUGAAGUGGACAAAUCGGAAAUCGAAGAUGCCAAGAGCUAUUUGAUCUUGGAGUCUCGCUCAAACCUUGACAAGUUGUUUAACCCUCUCCUGCUGCAUUGGACUCGACUGCACGUUGCGGGUCUACACGCGUUCUUCCGUUUGUGGAAGGCAACCGGGGCGGAGGUCGAAGACUACGACAAGAUUGUCGAGCUUGUUCGUAUUCUUGUCGAAUCUGCUGUCGGUGGGGCGUCUCGAACAAAAGACGUGCAAGAUGUGGAAGAGGAACUCGCCGAUUUCGAGUAUAAUCGUUUGCGUGAGUUGCAGAUGGAAUUACUGGAGCUUACCUAUGAAGAUGUUUGGGGUCAGCAUCUACGCCAGGUGAGGGAGGAGUUGCAUAAUGAGGUUCUGCAAUUUACCAAGGAACAAAGGAUCCGGUGUCUUUUACAAGGCAGUUGGUUCCCGAACGAGGGAACUUCUAAGUCUGACAUACGUAUGCCGAAAGAGCUUUCAUGGAAGUUUGUCCAGCUUUCACACAAUCGGCGAUUCUUACAUUUUGGUGAUUUCGACUCCAGAGGAAACAGCAAUCCCGAGCUUGACACCUUGCCAGAGAAAAUUGAUCUGUCGAUCGUAUCCUCGGUGGUCUCCAACGUUUCGGCGUCGUCCAACAACUCGUCAUCUUCAACCAUAAAGAGCAUGCUGCAGCAUCCCUCUACGAAAAUCAGCAUUCACGGAUAUAUGCAAGCCCACUCGACGACGGGCGAGCCUAGGAAGGCAAACGGCCACGAUCGUUCCGUCAGCAGAACAACACAGAGCGAGACUGUGUUACUGAGCCUUCGUCCUCAGUCCCCUAGUAUUGCGUCUGAGUGGCUCGACGGCUUGCUCAUGCUUCUGAGUCAACAGCCUAUCACGUCAGAAACUGGUAAAUUGGUGAAAUCAGUGAGUGAUUACGGGUUGAAAAUUCGUUUAUUGAAUAUCAGGUUCGACGAUGCCGUUUUCGCAGGCGAAGCUCCUAAUGUUCCAUCUCGGGAAGGUUUAGAUGACGAUUAUUACUACGACCUUUUCGGGGGCAGCUAACCGCACCGCGCUUUUCCAAAUCGCAUGCACAGACAUCUUCUUUUUAUAUGUAAUAUACAGCGUUUUAUUACGUCAAAUAGGGCGGUUAGGCGUAUCCUGAAUUCCUUAAAUGCCUACCGUACCUUAAGGUACUACCUUGGUACCCUGUACCAACAUGAAAAGAUGGCCU